AAAGACUUGUUUUCUCCGUUCUUGUCUCCAUUUUGUUAGAGCUGGUGAGACAGAAGCGCCUCCGCGUCCCAGCGAAUCCGACCCUCCCGGACAGAAACCAGAGAAAGUCAGCCGCCGAUCCGCUCAUCAAGUUAUUAUCCGAAAGGAAAGCAAAUCUUAUCGUAUGUCCGCUAUCCAGAACCUCCAAACCUUCGACCCCUUUGCUGAUGCAACUAAGGGUGAUGACCGCCUCCCAGCUGGGACAGAGGACUACAUCCACAUAAGAAUCCAACAGCGGAACGGCAGGAAGACCCUCACCACUGUCCAGGGCAUCUCAGCCGACUAUGACAAGAAGAAGCUAGUCAAGGCCUUCAAGAAGAAGUUCGCCUGCAAUGGGACAGUGAUCGAGCACCCGGAGUAUGGUGAAGUGAUCCAGCUGCAAGGAGAUCAGCGUAAAAAUAUCUGCCAGUUCCUGAUUGAGAUUGAUCUGGCCAAGGAGGAGCAGCUCAAAGUCCACGGCUUCUAGAAGCUGUCAGCAGACCCCCUCCCCUUCCUGGAAGCCUAUCAAACACCCGACCCCCGCUCCCUCCCUCCCCCCAUGUGCUGCUGUUGCUCCCCCCUUACCUCUGAAACAUGGGACUCUGUAACGCCUCCACCCCCCCUCCCUGCUGGGGGCACAGACGCGCCGCUGCAGCUCCACACAUCAGGGACGAGUGGUGAUGCUCGUUCCUCCUUCCAUGACCCUUUGGUUCCCUCCUUUAUUUUUAGAUCAGGCGCCUCGGGCCGGCGCCGCCGCUUCAUGUAACGUUUUUGUUUUGUACUUUGAAGGUGUUUCAAUAAAACGACGAGUCUCCAUUUA